AUGCGACGCCUACACCGAGCGCACCUCCGCCUAGGCGAAGACGUAUCCCCGAAGUACUUUUUUUGCGUUCGUGAGAAGGGCGCCAAACUGCCGGAUCCGCCGUACGCGUUGCCCACGUCACCCCGCUUUGAAGUUGAACGCAGUGGGACGUUCAACAAGACGUGGCUGCAACAUGAAUUGCCUGCGUGUAAGCCGCUGGUGCGUAACAGUGUGUACCUGCCGAGCAAAGAGGAACUCUGGAACUCACCAAUGCACGAGGGGCUGGAGCAAAUCGCUGAACACCUGCCCUACCACGACGUUCUUCGGUACAUCAUGGAACAUAAUUACUUCUUUUUGUUUAAAACGCUACUGAAGGCAGGUGACGCACCACUUCCGCACGUUGUGUACGAGGAUUUUAUGAAAUGCCGGACAUUUGCAUCGCUGCAGAGCCCGCCCGAGGAGCAAUUUGCGUUACCACCUACACUGCUGCGGGCGCUGCUAUGCAUGGCGGCAUACCAGUGCAUUAUUGACCCACACUACUUCACAACAUGUCAUUUACUCUUUCGACGGCUAGAACAACAACAAACCAUGUCAUCCGAGGUUUUGUCAGCUUGGGUGUAUUGUUGUGCAGCCAGUGGGAGGGUGGAUGAUGCCUUGGCUUACGCCAAACACAUGGCCGACCAUGACGUCCCAUUUGAUGAUACUGUGUUUUCUCUCAUGCAGCACCCCUCUGUGAAUCCCGUCGCAGCCGAACACUCUGCGGUGUGGCACUCCGCGAAGGGGAUGCUGCUGCAGCGUCGUCUGGGUGGACGUCUUCAGACGGAGUACCGCAGCGACACUGUGGCAGCCCACGGCAUGUUUGUCUUUUACGCACUGACGUUAAGUCACGUGAAAAAGUGGGAGGUGAUACGUGCUGCGGGAACUCUUGGCGUAUCACUUUCAGAGCGAACGCUGUCGCUGGCGGUGGAAGUGUACGCGCGUGAAAAAGGUCUGCGCUGCGGUCCUAAAACUGUGAGGGCCCUCGCCUUAUUUUUGGCGCGCGACGGCAGCAUAGAGCACCUCCUCUUUGUGCUGCUUCGUACAAAAAAAAACGAACUCCUUCCAGAGUUUCGGGGUCUGCCACGGACCGUCUUUAGCGAGGCGGAGGAGGCGGACAUCAUGUAUUGUGUGGCGAGGCGCGCCCGUCGGGACGAAGGAUGUAGCGCUGUCAUUCCUCUUCUUCGUGCGCUGGUGCGGGAGGACGACCCGCAACAGUUCUUCCACGCCCUUACCCACGCUGUUCGCGCUACCAAUACCAACAGUAGCGGCGGUGGGGAUAAUGCUGCGGGUAGCGGGGUGGAUCCAACGCACACCUCAAGCAACGAGCAAGGCCUACAAGAUUUAAUGACAUCUGUCCAGGGCCUGCUACGUGAGGUGGACGCGCUGGAGAAGGCGAGCCGGAAUGGAGCACCUCGUGGCGGGGCUGCCAAGACAAUUCGUGCCUCAGUACGGGAGGAAGAAGCAGGGGUAGCGGAGUUGCAGAGCUUAGAAGAGAGCAAUAUUCCCCCGGGUCUGCGUGAACUUGCGCGCAUGCACCUCGUAGAGCGGUCAGCGCACGCUAACAGAGCGGCACGGCUUCGUAUGGCGUGGGUGAAUCCGGACGGCACGUUUUGA